AUGUCACCAUUAGCUCAAAAAAUUUUGUGGGCCGACGAAGUCGACGAACUUGAACAUCCGCGCCUCCCAAAACCUGAGGAAUCUGUCGACGAAAAUGGCAUCAUCACCGUCGUCGAGUACUCUGUCAACGACGAGGGCAAGAAAGUAAAAAUAACAAAACGAAUAAGGCGUACAGUGCAGAAGACGGUGGUACAGCAUGCCGUCGCAGAACGCAAGAACUGGGCAAAGUUUGGACAGGAGAAGGGAAAUAAACCUGGGCCCGAUCGAGCGACGACUACUGUUGGGGAGAACGUCGUAUUGAAAAUUAGCGCUGGCAACAAGUCAUCCGAACCCGAGCCGACACCUGAGGAGAACAUUAGAGCGAGCCUUGCAAAGGCGGGCGCUGGAGCUGUACGCUGUCGAAUAUGCAAGCGGGAUCACUUUACGGCGAGAUGUCCUCUCAAGGACUCCUUCGCAGGCCUUGAGGCUGUAUCCCCAGCUGGAUUGGACGAAGAAGUCCCCGCCCCUGCCGCGCCUACGGGUGGAAAAUACGUGCCUCCUUCGAUGCGCGCUGGUGCCGCCGGGCGAGGCGAGGCGAUGGGCCGGAUUGGGGGCUCUCGGGAUGACCUGCCGACGUUGCGUGUGACGAAUGUGUCGGACGACACGACAGACCAGGACCUGCGGGAAUUGUUCAGCGUGUUCGGACGUGUUGUGCGCGUGUUUGUCGGAAAAGAUCGUGAGACGGGGCAAAGCAAGGGCUUCGCGUUUGUCAGCUUUGAGGACCGAGCUGUUGCGGAGGUUGCGAUGGGUAAAAUGCACGGAUGGGGCUACGAUAGCCUGAUUUUGAAUGUCCAAUGGGCAAAGCCGCAACCUCGGGACUCACGGCUGUAG